CCUACUCUACUCUCUCACUCCCAGACAAAGUCAAACACAAAAUCCUCCGAUAUCCAAGAUCACCUUCUUCUUCUUUGAAGCCACUCAAAUCCCAGAACCCCUUUAGGUAUCUCUCUCAGUCUUCUCAGCCAUGGGACAAGUCCUCGACAGAUUACAAGGUAAGCAAUGGAGGCGAGAGCAAAUCAGGAAGAUAACCGACAAGGUGUUUGAUCAUUUCAAGAACGAGACAGGAACUGCUACUUUGAGGUUCGAGGAUGUCUACAUCGGUGUUCUACUUGUUUACAAUGAUAUAAACAAACGUUUGCCUGGCCCGCAUUUCGAUCCGCCCUCUAAGGAUUCCAUCAGACUUCUGAUUCAGGAACAUGACAUCAAUCUUGAUGGAGAAAUUGACCGGGAAGAGUUUGCCAAGUUGAUCAAGCAGAUUACUGCCGACGCUUUUUGUGUUGUCAGUCAGGGACUGAUCGUCACAUUAGUUGCUGCACCAACAAUUGCCAUGGCGACAAAGAAGGCUACUGAGGGUGUACCUCAUGUUGGGAAGGUCGUGCAACGGGUACCCACUUCAGUUUAUGCAUCCCUUGUGACCCUUCUUGUUGUGUUGGUUCAGCAUGCACGUCAGGAGUUCUAAAACCCCGUUAUAUCACCUUUUGGGAAAACUUCAUAUUAGAGUAUAUGGCGAAGAGUACAUGAAAUCAGUCUGAUAGUUGUGGUUGACAGAUAUCUAAAUUGAGAUUGGUGCUUGAACUUAAUACAAUAUAAAUGGUGUUGAUGUUUUGUCCU